AUGAAGCUCUUGGUGCUCCUCGUCUGCCUCGCAGGGCUGGCCCCCGUGGACGGCGGCGUGGUUCAGUUUGCUAGGAUGAUUAAGCUGAAGACGGGUAAGAACCCGCUGGCUUACAACGGCUACGGCUGCUACUGCGGCUUGGGGGGAACCAAACAACCUCUGGAUGCGACAGACUGGUGCUGCCAUGCCCACGACUGCUGCUACAGCAGGUUGAAGUCGUCAUCCCCUGGCUGUCAUCCCACCCUGGUCCAUUACACGUUCUAUCUCCAGGGAGGCCGGAUAGUCUGCGAACCUGGAAAUUUCUGCCAAAAAACAGCCUGCGAGUGCGACAAGGCAGCAGCAGAGUGCUUCAAGAGGAACCUCGGGACCUACAACAAAAGCUACGACAAUUACCCGAACUUACGGUGCAAGGGCUCACGUCCCCGCUGCUAG